AGGUGUACCUUCAUACCUACAAUGAAUCUUCUAGUACAAAUCUUGUGUGUUGGCUUAAUAGCCCUUAAAUUUGUAAAUGCAGUUCCUGUUGUUAACGACGAUACAUACCUGCAAGCCUUACAAAAUUCACAACAUCCAUCUGAAUUGUAUGGACCACCUCCAGGUUAUAACUAUGAACCGCAGAUUCAACAGCCCCAACAAGAAUACGGUCCUCCUCAACAAGUUUAUGGACCUCCACAGCCGGAAUAUGGCCCACCUCCACAGCCUCAAUAUGGCCCACCGCCGCAUGCGGAAUACGGUCCUCCUCCACAAACGGAAUACAUCCAUCAUCCCCCGGCUAUAUACCAUGAAUAUCCUAAACAGCAAGCUAUUGGAAUGGCUCAUCAACAAGUUUCGAUUCCUGAAUGGCUUUUGGGCAAGCUUAAAUUAAAACUUAAUCUUUUCACACUGGGAAAGAUCCUUCUCAAAUUGAUCAUUUUCAAGAAGAUUGUCAAGUUUAUUGGUGUCAUUUGUUUGUUGUUGUUCCUGCCGAAAUUGGGAAAUAUGUUCAAAAUGGAUGAACCUGCUGAGUCUGAUAGUGAAGGAGAUGCGUCAGUUGAAAUGAGAAAUCUCAAAACCGAUAGGGAUUACUUUAAUGAACGUUUGGAGGAAUCAGCGAGACAAGUUCUUAAAUCACUUGAAAACUUUACGAAACGAUAUGGAAGUGAAAGUAGCAGCAGCUAAGUGGUGUUUUAAGUGCAAAA